UUGCUUAGCGCUGCAAUAAUAUCGCCCGCAGCUACGAUAUCGGACUCCUCAGUUUUACACGAAAGUUCUCAGAGUGGCUCGCACUGCCGAACAUCGAGGAGCUCCUGUGUGCCACAGCAUAGCUUCCCUCGAGAUGGAUUUCAAAGUUAGCCAGAAGCGCAGCGCGCUGAGCAUUCCCUAUGUCGAACUUACAGCCAGGACCCACGAGUUCGACGGCGCCAAAUCUAAGCGCUCCUGCUUCGGCUCGCUCUUCUCUUACAAAACCAGUUUCGUCGCGCUGCUGUUUUCCAUCUCGCUGCUCGCCUGCUUUGUCCUCGUGAUGAUUUACGUGACUCUUCAGUCAGAGGGAUACUUCGGCCAGACUCGCAUCGACGGCGACGAGGUUCCUCUGAUGUCUCAAAUUUCUCUCAGUAUGGGCCCGGAGACACAGGACACGGUCUUGGCUGUGGCCGCCGACGAAAGACUGCUCUACUCCGAAGACAGGCCCCGGAAGAUACGUCUGAAGCGUCAGGCAUCGCAAAGCCUCCCCGACUGCAGGGCCAGACAGGAGGAGUGCAGAAUCGUCUUGAGCGGCGUGCGAGGCAUCACCAAGGCCAUGAACCAGAAGCUCGACAGGCUGCACCAGAGCCUCGUGCAGCACGGCAUCCUCAAGGAGACCGACUCCAAGGACGCCAAGUUCAAAAAGAUACUCGAGUGUCUGCAGUGUCGAAACACCAUCAACCACCACCAGCCCCAGAACGACGACAAGGGCAUCGAGGGCCUGUUACCCAACAGUUUCGGGAGACACAGCGACGAUCGCAUAAGCGAUCUCCUGCCCUUCUUCGAGAACCACGUCUACUCCCACGACGAGGACGAGAGCAACGAGCGCACCGAGAGGAUACCGAAGACGCCGAUGCCAGCAGUGAGCAAACAGGUCUUGGAAUCCGUCACCAACACUUCCAAGCUCGCCAGCGGCGCCAAAAUCACCGAGAUCCUUUACAAUACCACCAUCGUCGAGCGCGACGAAGACGACAGGCGUCAGGCAGCGUCAGCGCGCGAAGAGUCUCAGGUGACGCGUAACGUAGACGAGGCGUCGCCGAUCAUUGUGCCGACUGCGGAGACAACGCAGACGAGCCAGCAGAUUCAGUUUACGCCGCAGAGUAGCUGGCCUUCCAUCCCGGUAUGCUUUUACGGGCCCCCAUCCUCCUCGAAUUCCUAUCAGUUCAAGCCAAGCUCCCCAUUCUUCCCCGUACCGCAACAGCCACCGGCAGCGCCUACCACCUACGGCCAACAGCAGCAGCAGCAGCAGCCGCAGCACGCAGCCAAUAUGAACCAGCAGAUCAAGUACUUCUUCCCGAACGGACAGCCAGCGCCGCCGUUUACGCCGAAUUUUCCUCAAAUUAUGACACAGCAGUUUUCGUCGCAGAUGACGCAGCCCAUGAUGAAUCCGAUGAUGAAUCCGAUCAUGAUGAACCAGAGAGGAAACAACAACAUGCCGUUGUACUGCACCUAUGUACCGUCGCCUGGAUCACCCCCGGGAAAUCAGCAGCAGCCACAGCAGCAGCAGCAGCAGCAGCAGUUUCAGUUUUCGCCGAUGAACAUAGCCGGAUUUCAGCGCCAGUACAACGCGAUGUCCAGGUCCAAGGAGGCCGAAAAAUUGAAGCAAGAGCUGCAGACCAAGAGCACCUACGACGAGUCCGAUGAGAAGUACUGGACACUGGAAUGCGCGGGUUUCUGGUGCAACCCGCCCUACAAGAAGUGCAUAGCGGCCGAAGCGCGAUGCGACGGCAGGGUGGACUGCAUGGGGGCCGAGGACGAGAUCGACUGUCCGGAGAUAGGCUACUACGAGCGUUUCCGUCCCGAAUCGAAGCAGAAAAGCCAGGACGACUCGGAAGGCUGGCAAAUACCCAUGAUGACUGAUCGACCUGCCGAAGGCGCAUCGGGUAACUUUGCUGUUCUGCCGACCAACGCACCGGCUCCGGUACCUCCGGUCACCGACAAUGCCGUCGUCGACACUGAGACGACCACUUUCACGAUCACUAUACCCGUGUUGGCUCCGCAAUUCAGCUGCAAGAGAAUCGUCCAAACGAUACCGCUCGAGAAGCGCUGCGACAACGUCUACGACUGCGAGGACACGUCGGAUGAGGAAGACUGCACUUGCAAGGACUAUCUCAGAUUCGAACAGCCGAACGCAAUCUGCGACGGUCACGUCGACUGCUUCGACGGAAGCGACGAGCAGGAAUGCGACUUCUGCAACGAGGAUCAGUACCAUUGCCACAGAAGUGGAGGCUGCAUACCCAAGCAAAAGAGAUGCGACCAAUCGAUGGACUGCAAGCUGAACGAAGACGAGCUUGACUGCUUCGCAUUGACCGACGGCCAGCAUGUGAAUUUUGACUUGGACAAAAGACCCCACUUGAACCUGGAGGGAGUAAUGACGUCCUACAACAAUGGAGUUUGGCGGCCUUCCUGCUUCAAUUCCGAAUAUCAAAACUUCACCAAACGGAUGGCUGUCGGUCAGAAGUUCUGCGAGUAUUUCGGUUUCAGGAACGUCGACUCCGCCGAGCAGAUCCUGGUGAACACGCAUAGACUCAAAGAGAGGCAAGCGUCCAAAGAUCAUCCGAUCAGCUACGAAUAUCCACCGCAAGUGACACCCGCCCAGAGGGAUGCCAAAGACAAGACCUGCUACGGUUUGCACCUUCGCUGCAAACCCAUACUCGAUCGAAAAGUCAACGUCCACUUGAAGGUUGAUCCGAAAACUAACAAGAGAGAUUACCUCUGGCCUUGGGAAGCUUCGGUUUUCGUCGACGGAAAAUACCACUGCUCGGCUGUGCUUCUGGAGAACGACCUGCUGCUCAGUAGCUCCGUGUGCGGAAACGGCAUAGACUUACGCAAAAAUUACACGACCGCCACAUUGGGAGUGUCCAGUCCGGAUCUUCCAUUUAACAGUCCGUACCAGCAAACAUCGCAGAUCGUCGACAUCAAGCCGCUGAAAAACUCGGAUGCUUCGCUCUUCCGACUGAAGGACGGCAUAAACAUGACGCGAUACGUGCAGCCGCUCUACCUGGAAAAGAGGAUCUUCCCAGCCGCUAAGGAGGACACGUGCGUCGCUCUGGGAGUUAACGACCGUCACGAAAGGAAGAUGCAGUUCCUGCAGCCGAUCGUCGACAACUGUCCCAAAUGCCAUCGCUGCUACACCGAGAGGAGCGACAACGCGUCCACGUGUUCGAGGACCAACGAAACCGUCAACUGGAGUGGAAACGUCGUGUGCUUUAGCAAGGGGGGUUGGUACCCGGCGGCCGUUUUCCAAGACAAGGAUCAGAACUGCGGUUUCAGCAGCAAACAGGUCCUCAACAGCAUCGACUACAUACACGCGCAUCUCUCUCAAGCUAUCGACGAGAAAGUAGAGCAGUUCGACGAGCCCAAAUGCGAGGGAAUCAGAUGUUCGAUGGGGAAGUGCAUACCCUGGGAGCAAGUGUGCGACGGAGUUCGGGAGUGCAGGGACGGCGCCGACGAGAGCCCCGAGCACUGCCAGAAAAUGAAGGAGAGAUGCGAGAGCGACGUUCUCGAAUGCAAAUGCUCGAAAUCCGAGCUCCGCUGCGGAAACGGCAAGUGCGUGCCCAAGGAGAUGUUCUGCGACGGUAAGGUCGACUGCGCCGAUGGAAGCGACGAACCGAGCGUCUGCAACUGCGGGGAGUAUCUGAAGCUGACCGAGCCGAAACGCGUCUGCGACGGUAGACGACACUGCCUCGACAAAUCCGACGAAAACUAUCAGAACUGCCUCUGCAAGGAUUCCAGCUUCAAGUGCCACAGGAGUUUCGUCAACGGCACUGUAGCUUGUAUAUCUCAGGACUUCGUUUGCGACGGAGAGAGCGAUUGUCCCUUCGGUGAAGACGAAGCGGAGGAUGUCUGCUGGGCGAUCAAGUCCGACAAGAAAGAUCUGAAAGGAAAAGGCGAAGUGAUGCGGAGAGACUUCGGCGUACUUCACUCCGAAUGCUUCCCGCGCCCGGUUCAGACGCAGAGAGAAGUAACGAACAUGUGCACUAAACUCGGCUACACCUCGGGUAUACUCUUGGACGGGAAACAGACGUCGGACACUCAGUACGUCGCGCGCGACGACUUCUAUAUGUUCCAGUUGAACAACUACACGUGGCUGUCGAUGCGCGAAGACAAGUCUUUCGGCGUCUGGGUGAAGCCCGAGUCCAGUUGCUUCAGGCUCUUUGUGCAAUGUAUUUAACUCGUGCGUACACAGCGGAUUUUAAUCUAGUUAUUAAGCGUUAAUCGUAAGACCGAUUUUUUGUACUAUUUAUACACACACACUGCAUCGAAUAAAAGAGCUGUUAUUUAAAA